AUGUCUUGCCAACCUCUCAGCUCGGUUCCUCCACCACCCACCACCCUGCCCUCCUGCGCAGUACCCAUCGGCGGCUCAAACAGCUCAAUCCUGGAUGCCUGCUGCAACGGCCACAUCAACGCCAUUGCCACAUAUUCAGCCCCAGAAACCACCUCAUUAACACCCCGCGAUUCAAAAACACCUGUAAUUGUCAACUCAGAGGACGGCGAUGAUUGCUUCCAGUACUGCAUCACCGACUCCCCAGACAUUGUCGAGACCUGUCUUGCAGAGAAGAUGCAAGCUUUCGAUAAGGAGGGCGCUACCGGUGUUGGCAUGUUUGGGUGCUUCAAUGCUGAAAAGGCGGUUGGUCCGAGGAAGACCAACGGUGGCAAUGAAGGGUCGUACGUGAACGCUGGGCUGAAGAUUAGCGGGAGCUGGACCCUAUCUCUCCUGGUCGGGUUGAGCGUUGUUGGUGCGCUUAUUUGA